CGCCCCAGGGCCCGCCCCCCCGCAGCCCCCGCCCCCGGGGCCGGGAGGAGCCAGCGCCGCGCCGAGGCGUGCCGGGCCCCUGGGCCGCGCCGCCGCCCGGGCCGGCUCGGCGGGGCCGGCGGUGAGUGGGCGGCAGGUCCCGCCGCCAUGAAGAGCCCGCGGGAGGCUGGGGAGCCGCCGCCAGUUGACUGCAUCCAGCUGAAAGUGCCAGUCAUUCAGCAGUUGUAUCACUGGGACUGCGGGCUAGCCUGCUCCAGGAUGGUGCUUCAGUACCUGAAUCAUUUGGACAAUGAUGAAUUUCAGAAAGCCAUCCAGGAACUCCAGUUAACAAAGAGCAUCUGGACUAUUGACCUGGCCUACCUAAUGCGGCACUUUGGUGUUAAGCAUAAAUUUUGCACCCAGACGCUUGGAGUGGACAAGGGCUACAAAAACCAGUCAUUUUACAGGAAGCACUUUGACACAGAAGAGAAUCGAGUGAAUCAGCUCUUUGCACAAGCCAAAGCCUGCAAGGUGCUGGUGGAGAAGUGCACAGUAACUGUUCAAGAUAUCCAAAACCACCUGUCCCAAGGUCAUGUAGCCAUCGUGCUAGUGAAUGCAGUCCUGCUAUUGUGUGAUCUUUGCUCAAGUCCUGUCAAAUACUGCUGCUUCCUCCCUAUUGGACAGAAGUGCUUCUGCAGGAAUCCUGACUACCAGGGCCAUUUCAUCGUGUUAUGUGGCUACAACAAAGCCUCAGGGAGUAUUUACUACAACAACCCUGCCUAUGCUGACCGAACAUGCUGCACCAGCAUCAGUAACUUUGAGGAAGCCAGGACAAGUUACGGCACUGAUGAAGAUAUUCUGUUCAUCUACACAGACAGCUGACAUCCACAUGGGGUACUUCUGUCCUUUCCUGUGCAGUCUGCAUUGCAGCUGGCUGCUUGUCUCAGGACUUCCCCUGCAGAGACCUUGCUCAUGAAUUGCAGUGGGAUCUUAAACAAGGGAGGCUUUAUAGACAUUGAUAGGACUAUAUUGCAAUGCUGUCUUUAGUCUUUACUUUUUUUUCCUGAUGAUGUAUCUAAUUUUGCAAUGUAUGUCUCAGAUUUUUUUUUUUUCUUAUUUUCAACAUGGCACAUUUGACAGCAGUUUUAAAAUACAGGCCCAGAGCCUGUUCACUUUGAGCUUAUUUUCAAAUUAAACACAUGAGGAAAAAAGCACCAAAUUUAUGAACUUUAAUACAUGCAUAGGUUUAGGUAAACAAAACCAGGGGAAAAAAAACCAACCAGAAAAUACCUGUUUCUCUCUGUCAAAGCAUCAAGGGCUGAUCUUCAUCCUAAAUCUAAGGAUUUGAGGUCCAGCAGGUUAUUAUGGAAGGAAAAAAUAUUAAUUUAAACCACUUAAAUAACAAAAAAAUGCCUUGCUGGCUCAUCAGUAUUGUCUGCAUUGUAGGAAUGAAACACAUUUACUGAAGCAAACUUCCCAUGUACCAAAUUCAUCUUACACAGAUUUAGCAUUUAUGCCACUGCAUUAAAUUUUAAAUCGUAGUUAUUGGAAUUGUUUCCUUGUACUACAAACUCAAUCUCAUCUGGCUAAAUCCUCUAGGAUGACUGCUCAGAGAUCUGUAUUGCCCCAGAAGUUUAAGUGAAGAUAUUUCAUUUGUACCCAGAAGUCUUUAUUGCUCUUUGCAACCUUUGAACGUUAUGCCACCUACAUGUGCCAGUUCCUGCAGAAUCCAUUCUAAAUAUAAACUUUAAACUUAUUAAGCAAAUACAGAAAAUUAUCAUCCACACUAAUGGUAUACAUUUUGUGUGUAAAUUGUAAAUAUCUGACAGCAUAUACUGGAUUGUAACUACAAUGCUGAAUCAAUUUGAGCCAAAUUUUGCUAUUGGUAUUAGUUCAGUGACCUUUUAAGAAGAGCUGAAAUUAAUUAAGAGGGAAUAUGAACAUCUCUUUGCUACAAGUAAAAAGGCAGGAACUCAGAUUUUCUAGCUGUUACACUGCAGCUGUAUUUGGAUUAAGUUGGAGUUACUGUAUUCAGACAUUAUCAAGUGAAAUUGUUACCAACCCAUUCAUAAUCCUUUCAUGUAUUACCUGGGUUUAAUUACUUUGCUGAGGAGCACCGUACAGUGUAAGAAAUAGCCACCGUAUUUCAGAUUCAUCAAUCACAAUUUCCUACAAGUCUUGAUCUGCACUUGUCAAAGUGGGUAGAAAAAAAUCAAUGUUAAUACUGAUGUAAAGCUAGCAAAAUUUAUAAGACAGAGAUCCCACACCUUUGGUAUGGUUUUAGGAAAAGAACUGUUCACGUUCUGGAACUGCGUGGAAUAAUAGUAAAAGGACAUUGUUAUUUAGUGGUGGAAAUAAUAAAUGGGAAUCUACUUUCAGCACAGUAAAUUUUCUAAGAGAAAACAUUUUCUCUUAUCAGUUGUUGACUUACUGAAAAGCAGCUGGAAAGCGUUCAAUAAGUAUGCUUAGUAGAAUCAAGAGUGCGCCUUUGUACAAAGGCUAAAAUUAGUAACAGACAUUUAAAAUGCAGUAGCCUUUAAAAAGUUCCAAACAAAAAGUACAUGACAAGAAAUUUUCAGUGUAUCAAAUUUUGUUUAUCAUUGGUGAAGAUGGAAUACAUUUUGGCACUUAUACUUGCAAAAUGAGUAAAAAUUAAGUUGUGAUUUGUGACCAGUAGAACCAAUACAUUAGUGCCACUAGCAGAAUCCCAGGAAAAACGGUACAAAACCUAUUACAGAUAAUACCUUCCGACUCCUCCACUCCAAAGUUAAGUCACCAGAAGGCUACUGAUCUGGGAAUUUUUACGUCCAAGUCCAAACUCAUGAUGUUUGACUUCGAGAGAUUGUAUUAGCUAAGUUACUAAUUAACAGGUAUGUAAACUACAGGUUGAUAGAGUACUCCUUAACCCAUGGUAGCAGGGUUAGGUAGGUAGUUCACUCAAUGCCAUUAAACUGCCAAAGGGUUUAUUUUAGAGCAGGCUUGGUUAGUUAAAUAAAAGCAGUUCUUACAAAAAGCUUGUAAUUGACAUUUAGCCUAUUACUGGUUCAGUUAUCCAGAUGCAAAUCUUGAGCUUAUACAUAACUUUCAUGUUACGCAUAAUGCUACAUUAUACAUAACAUGAACUUAAGGGCAUGCUAAGUGUUCUGAAGUGCACCGAUAAGUGUAACAAUAUCGACUGUUAAAUGUUGGGUACCCAGGGUUUAAAUGCUUCAACAAAACUGAAAGAUAAACAAAGCCGUUGAAGCUCAUACAGGCAAAAGGAGAGCUCCACCAUUGCAACAGGAUCUCUUAUAGCCGUCAAAUGGAAGACAGUAGCUAAGAGAUGAAAACACAAGGAAGAAACAAAAGCCAAGUGAAAAGACUGAGUAUUUAUGUGACACAAAUUCAGAUUAAAAAGCAGCUCACUGCACAAGCAUCCAGAACAUCUGCCUUUUCUGAAUCUCUGUUUCCCAUUACAAGAUUGUCUAAUCAAAAUACUCAUUCUGAAAAUGUUUUGUCACUUUGUUUCCUUCACGAUGUUAACAGCAAAGGAAGGGGUAUUUUACAUGCAGGGAUUUUAUACAUAAAUAUAUUUUUAUUUGUAAUUAAGCCAUUCUCAAUAAAGGUUUAAAGUCACAGAUUACCCUGUAA